AUGGUAGUGCGGCCCAUGAUGCUGCGCUCUUCUGUUGCACCGGGACGGCAGUUGCUGCUGUCCUCCGCUCGUCAGCGGACCGCAUCCCAAUGGCUGUCCAGAGCCGGAGCAAGCAGCCGGCUUUCAGGUCAGAGGUUCUUCGCCGAUAUUAAGCCCCCUACCACCGCUGCUCCUACGCCCGCUACUCCGUCCUCCGAGUCUGCUGUUCCCCCAGAGACCGUCCCUAAGCCAUCGCCCGCCGGACAAGAGUCCACUCUCCCUCCCUCUACUCCUCCUACCCCAGCUCCCAAGGGUGGACGCUUCCGCAGAUUCCUUCUCUACCUGCUGCUUACCUCCGGAUUCGCAUACGGUGGCGGCGUUUUCCUGGCUUUGAAAUUCGAUAACUUCCACGAUUUCUUUACCGAAUACAUUCCCUAUGGUGAGGAGAGUGUCCUUUAUUUCGAAGAGCGUGACUUCUACCGUCGAUUCCCGAACACUUUGAGAAACCAGAACCGCCUUAACCCGACCCCAAGGGAUGAAGGAAACAAGAUCACCAUCCCAAGCAAGAGCGGACUCACCUCAAAGGUCGCCGAAGAGGAGAUUUCGGGAGCAGAUGUCUCCCAGAAAGGCCCCCACAUGAGUGCCACUCCAGCUCAGAAGAGCUCCGAAGCGCAAACCAAGCCCGCCGCCGCUAAGCCCGAGGACAAGACCACUGCUGUUGUGAAGGCUAAGGAGGAUAAGGCCGCCAAGGAGGCUGAGAAGAAGGAGGAGCCCAGACAGCCGGCCAUUCCUGCUGUCACUCCUCUCGAAUUUGCUCAGGUCAACGAGGGAGAUGAAGCAAUCGUCCAGGAGUUGGUGAAGACGUUCAACGACAUUAUCACCGUCAUCAGCGCUGAUGAGAACUCCGGCAAGUACUCUCAGCCCGUGGCCAAGGCCAAGGAGGAACUCCAGAAGGUUGGCGAGAAGAUCAUCGCUGUUCGCGAGGAGGCCCGCCGUGCUGCGCAGGAGGAGAUCCAACAGGCCCAUGCUACUUUCGAUGAGUCUGCUCGCGAGCUUAUCCGUCGUUUUGACGAAAUGCGUGCGGCCGAUGCCGCCCAGUACCGCGAGGAAUUCGAGGCUGAGCGUGAAAAGUUGACUCAUGCCUACCAGGAGAAGAUCAGAACGGAGUUGCAGAGAGCUCAGGAGGUGGCCGAACAGCGCCUCAAGAACGAGCUGGUUGAGCAAGCCAUUGAGCUUAACCGCAAGUACCUGCACGAAGUCAAGGAGCUCGUGGAGCGGGAGCGCGAGGGUCGUCUCAGCAAAUUGAACGAACUCACCGCCAACGUCAGCGAGCUGGAGAAGCUUACCUCUGGCUGGAGAGAGGUCAUUGACAGCAACCUCAGGACCCAACAACUCCAGGUGGCUGUUGAUGCCGUGCGCUCCGUUGUUGAUCGCUCUGCAGUUCCUCGCCCCUUCGUCCGCGAGCUUGUCGCCGUGAAGGAAUUGGCCGCUGAGGACCCCGUUGUUGAGGCUGCUAUCUCUUCCAUCAACCCUGCUGCUUACCAGCGUGGAAUUCCUUCGACCUCUCAGAUCAUCGAGCGCUUCCGUCGCGUCGCUGAUGAGGUGCGCAAGGCUAGCCUUCUGCCCGAAGAUGCAGGUAUCGCUAGCCACGCUGCCAGUGUCGUCCUGAGCAAGGUCAUGUUCAAGAAGGAUGCUGUUGCCGGUAGCGACGAUGUGGAGAGUGUGCUGUACCGGACCGAGAGCCUCCUGGAAGAAGGUAACCUCGAUGCUGCAGCUCGUGAGAUGAACAGUUUGUCGGGAUGGGCCAAGAUUCUGAGCAAGGACUGGCUUGUGGAUGUUCGCAGAGUGUUGGAAGUUAAGCAAGCUCUGGAGCAAUUUCUCGCAUAUCCCCAUGUCGGCCGUUACUCGUGGACGUUGCCCCCUUUCCUAUCCCGCGGGACGGACCACUUCGUCACCAUAGCUUUGAUGUCGCCGAAGACCAACGAAUCGCAUCCACCUACACCUCCUAUGCCUGAAACCGAUGAGACACAGCCAGGGCUCCAUAUACGAUACAAUACGUCUAAUGAUAAUUCCGACCGGCGAAAGGGUGCGCAUAUGAACGAGGGACGAGCGAGCGGAGAGCUAGAGGGCAGCACUCUCGGUAGCAGCUCUCGGGAUGGCGAUAAAGGAGGCCGGGCCCAACGCCGAACGGCCAGCUCUGGCGGGUCGAAGAACUUGCAAUCCAGCCGUAAGGAGAAGCGUGAAGCACCCGAACCGGACCUGGUGGUUCCGAAGAAGCGCUCGCGAUUCCCUUGGAUUCGGCAUAAAGAGCAGAAAGUAUCGCAAGUAGAACAGGCGGAGCAUACCAAUCAUACGGAGCAUACGGAACCCACAGCAGCGGAAGAGACUCCUGCUUCUUCUCAUCUGGAGCAGGAGGCGGCCUCUCAGGAGUCGCAUUCCAAGCAGACGGACAAUCAGGCCGCCGUAGGCCUUGAUAGGGAUUCGCUCCAGAUAGUGAAUCUUGCCUUGAAUCUGAGCGAGUCAAGAAAAAGAAAUAGCCUAGGUCGCUCUGCUUCAAAUCGUCUUUCAGGAGGUAGAUGGGCUCUGGCAGGUGGUCAGCCAUCCGCUCCAUACACUGGUAGACAUGCUUCAGUUCCAGUAACCGACCUGGGACAUGGCGGCUCUCAACAUGGUCAAAGGGUCACACAAGCACCGGGUGAAGAUCAUACUAGAACAGUUGGCUCCAUUCAACCAGGUGGACUGUCGACCCAUGCGCCAUCUUCAGUGGCAAGUCUACUUCCACAUUCCGCUGGAUCGGAACCCUUGCCGCAGGGCUUCUCAGAAAGCACACUCGCUCGAGCUGAAAAAGCUCGUCGCCAUUUUGAGCUAUUUUCGGAAUAUCUACGACUACUUCCUUCCCUUCCUCCUCUGCAACCAUUUGACGAUCAAAAUGCCGAUUCAACAUCUGUAAAUAGCAGUGGCUUUCCAUCACACCGGGUCUACAAUCCUCUCCAGUGCAUUCGCAAUCGCAAAGUGAGAUUUCGUGAGCGCUGUGCAAUAGAUACGGAGGCAGCCGGAUGGUACGAUACGGAGAAAGUACAUCAAUGGGUCGAUUCGGUGCAAGCUGAAUACGGCCAGCAACCGCAUGGUCCUCUUGAAUGUCUGCGGCUUCCAGCUUUUCACAAUUGCAAGGAUGCUACGCCGCGUGCAGAGGUGGAAGAACCUGAUCAUCUUGCUGUCUCUCCUCCUUCAAGUCUAAGGCGUGCCAGCCGUGCUAGUAGCGUCAAAGCACGCAGGCCAAGAUUAGACUGGGUCAUCGACCCAGCAGAGUUCCUUUCCGAUGCCGCGUGGGUCGAGGAAAGGCAGAAUAAGAAUCCCUCGAUCCUUAUUACUCCUGAUGAUAAUCAGACGCCCAUUGAACCAACGGAGCAGCUACAGAAUAACCGGCAAUCGCUAGACUCGGAGCACCCCACUUCUCCAACAGAAUUCAAUAGAGUCGGGCGUGGACGGCGUCGGCACAGGUUCCACGGCUCUGGCCGUAGUGGAUAUGGAAUCGAAGCAUCAGGGAAAGUUAAAGGCUCUAAGAGACAUAAACUGGGACUAUUAUCAAGUAGCUCUUCAAGCAUCUCUAGUGCUGAGGGGCGUUUGUACCGGGAAUCACCUAUGGAUAAUACGUUGUCCUCUGAGAGGGAUGUGUCCCCACUGCCCGGCGCCUCACGACUUCGAGCCUCUGAGGCGCUCUCAGAGUAUGACACCGCUAUGGAUACCAGACUGACGCCAACCCAUGAUACAUUUCCCCGUUAUGUGACCGGAAGAUCUCCCACUUGGGCCCGGUCAGAGGGAAAGCGAAGUUCUAUAUCCUCUAUCCCGAGCGUCGAUGAUCGCUACGACCCCCUGACGACCUUAUCAACUGCAGAAAGCAGGUCUCCCGAGCUCCAUGCACAGGUCGGCAUGUUUCCGAGUAUUGCGUCCAAUCUAUCCCCACCGGCAAGCCGUUCACCGUCGCCUACAAAGGGCCGCUUCUCACGUGCUAUUGGUGCUCGACAUGAGCGGAGCAAGAGCAAUAUUCGGGCAAAAGAUAACGCGGAUAAUAGCUCCCUGGAUUCGGCGGCUGUGCGCAAGGAUACUUCAGCUGGGCAUCCUGAGGUCAUCUCCCCGGGUGGAAGGCUGGAACCAAGCCCGCUUCCCGAUCGAAUCUCUUCGGCAUUUCAAGAAGACCCAUCAAAGGUCAACUCACAGAACCGCAAAGACGCAGUACAGGGCGAAUCCAAGCUGCGUGGAAUAUUCAAGGGCCCUGGGAAGAUCGCAGAGAAAGUGGGCAACGAAAUGUCAAAAGUAGGGGAUCUAAUACUCAAAAAGGAUAACGUUGCCCAGUCACGUAGAUCUUCCGUUUCAAGCACGGAUACUUCUGUUUCCGAUCCUCCCGAUGAUCCGGAAGAAGCUAGAGGGGAUAGAAUGUCUGGCGCUAAGUCUCUUUUGCGCCGGUUCCCUACGUUCUCCGACGAUCCCAACCGAACUUCACGCAAGAACAUUGAGAAGAUCAAUUCGAAGACCAAUGUGCCUCCUCCGUCUCCCUUUGCCUCCACGGCUCGGCAAGACCGUUUAGAAGAAUAUCAACCGUCUGUCUACGGCAGUCCUCCUAAGAACGGUGCUGGCAUCGAUACGACGGAUUCACAGAGAGAAGUGGGCGGGUUUUCUACAUCUCUCCAUACGCCAGCAACAAAACAUGAGAAAUUACGAUUUAGCACUGAUAUCCAUACAGUGCAAGAACAAUACAAAAAGGGUAACAUCAGAGAUGUCAAUGUUCCCUUCAGUUUGACGAGGCCUCCUGUCACAGGUCUUGCUCAAGCGAGAGCAGACACUACUUCAUCGUCCCAGGAGAAACGCCCAAGACUGGCAACUGAGUCAAGAAGCUGGAGUAUAUCUAAUCGCAGCAUAUCUAGCUCGCUUGUUGUUGGUGUACCUGGGAAGCGCGAAAUCGAGCGGACGCGGGCCCUUCUUCUUUCUUCGGGGAUUAAAGCCCGAGAGAUCACCCGGCGAGCAGAGUGUGUGCGGCAGCCACCACCAGAUUUCCUUCGGCGCACAUUUGGUACGGAAGCAUCCGUACCGCAAGUAACUCGGCUCUAUGAGUACGAUGUAGCUGCACAGGGUCUGCUCAGAAGGUUCGAGAAAACACAUCGCUCGUUCCAACAAUCCAUAGACAAUUUCUCUGGUUCGGUCUCAUCUCCUUUAAGGUCGCAACUGAACAAGCUCGAGGACAUUGUCAAUGAUACCAUCUCGCCGCGUGUCCAGGCAGCCACACAGGACGCAGAGGAUUUGAGCGUCCAACUCAACACGACUAGCGGCGUCAUCGCCGGUUGCGCUGGGUUCGGCGCACCGGGUUCGUGA